GAAGGACUCUUGUUGGAUUGAUGUUUGAAUUUGGCAUGGUUGUUUGGACGGCAGAUUGUGUGAUGAAGCGGCUGCUGCAGCUGGUUUUAUUCCACACAGCCUGGGAAAUGGGGAGCGGCCAGCUCCAUUAUUCCGUGCCGGAGGAAUCUCAGCAUGGCACUUUUGUGGGCCGCAUCGCCCAGGAUUUGGGGCUGGAGGUGAGUGAGCUGGUGCCUCGGAUGUUCCGGAUGAUUUCCAAAGACCACAAGGAUUAUUUGGAGGUAAAUGUGCAGAAUGGGAUUUUGUUUGUUAAUUCCAGGAUAGACAGGGAGGAGCUGUGUGCCAAGAGCUCUGUUUGUGCCAUUCACUUGGAGGUAAUUGUGGAUAAACCCCUGAGGAUCUUCCAUGUAGAGGUGGAGAUCAGGGAUAUAAAUGACAAUGCUCCCAUUUUCUCUGCAAGUGAGCAAAUCCUGAGCAUAGCAGAAUUUAUAACUCCACCUGGUACUCAAUUCCCAUUAGAAGGAGCCUCUGAUUCUGACAUUGGCACUAAUGCUCAGUUGACUUACAAGCUCAGUUCCAAUGAAUAUUUCACAGCAGAGCAGAAAACAGAUGAACACAACAAACCUUUAGCAUUAGUUUUAAAGAAGCCGUUGGACAGGGAGACGACCUCUGUGCAUCGAUUAUUACUCACAGCUACUGAUGGGGGCCAGCGACAGCUCACUGGCACAGUCCAGCUGGUCAUCAAUGUCUUGGAUGCCAAUGACAACCCCCCUGUCUUUAACCAGUCAGUUUACAGGGUGAAACUGCUGGAAAAUGCAUCUGCUGGAACUCUGGUUAUUGCACUCAAUGCUACUGAUUUAGAUGAAGGAAUUAAUAAGGACAUCUUUUACUCAUUUAGUAACCAUGUUCCACCAAAUUUUCGAAAGGUUUUUAGCAUAAACUCCAACACAGGGGAAGUAACAGUGAAUGGCAACGUGGAUUUCGAAGAUAUUAAUAUAUUUGAUCUACAGAUUGUGGCUGAAGAUAAAGGCAACCUUCCAUUGUCUGGGCAUUGCCAAGUGGUCAUUGAGGUGCUGGAUGUGAAUGACAAUGCGCCAGAGGUGUCCGUGUCAUCCUUGUCCGUGCCAGUUCCAGAGGAUGCUCCACCCGGGACAGUGGUGGCUUUGAUCAGUGUCUCGGAUAGAGACUCUGGAGCCAAUGGGAAAAUAAAUUGCUCCUUGUGGCCCCCCAAGUUCCCAUUUAAGCUGACGUCCACCUUCAAGAAUUAUUAUUCUCUGGUACUCUCUGAGCCCUUAGAUCGUGAGCAGGUAGCCGAGUAUGGGUUGAUUGUGAGGGUCCAAGACCAAGGGGACCCCCCACUGUCCGCCAGCAGCAGCCUGUUGGUGCCAAUCAGUGACGUGAAUGACAACACACCCACUUUUGCACAGCCCUCCUACACCGUCUUCGUGAGGGAGAACAACCCACCUGGGGCUCAUAUCUUCACAGUGUCCGCCUCAGACCCAGAUGUGGCCGAGAACGCCUUGGUCAGCUACUGGCUGGAUGAGAAGCUGUGGCCGCUGUCAAGCUAUAUCUCAGUGCAUUCGGAGAGUGGGAAACUGUAUGCCCUGCAGCCCUUGGAUUAUGAGGAGGUGAAGCUGCUGGAGUUCCAGGUGAGAGCCAAGGAUGCCGGACUGCCCUCCUUGUGUGGCAAUGUGACUGUACAAGUGUUUGUGGUGGACGAGAACGACAAUGCACCUGUAGUGUCACAGCCAGUGGAGGAGCCUCCUGCUUUGUUAGUAAUCCCUGCACCUUCUGGACACAUGUUGGGCAAGAUCCGUGCCCUGGAUGCUGACUCAGGAUACAAUGCCUGGCUUCGCUAUGAGCUGCAUGAAUCAAACAGUGGUCCUUGGCGAGUGGGCCUGUACAGCGGUGAAAUCAGCACCACGCGCAUCCUGGAUGAGGUAGAGGGUGGGAGCAGCCAAAAUCUGCUGGUUGUGGUGAAGGACCAUGGCAAGCCUCCACUCUCAGCCACGGCCACUCUGAGUGUGUCUUUGGUGGCAAAUACCCAGGCCAUCAAAAGUGAUGCCCGACUUCCCAGGACAGCAGGAAACGCAAAGCCCCUGGCAGAUACUGCCAAUCUCUACCUGAUCAUCGCCAUCUGCUCAGUGUCCAGCUUGUUCCUGCUGGUGAUCCUUGUCUACGUGGCGCUGCGGUGCCAGAGCCAGGCCAAGGAAGCAAUGGUGUACGGCCCUGGCACAGCCACGCUGGUGUGUGCCAGUGAAGUGGGCAGCUGGUCAUAUUCCAAUCGCCACAGCCACAUCCUGGCAGGGGUGAGUGGAGAGGCUGGAGGCAAAAGUGACCUCAUGGUCUUCAGCCCCAACAUUCCUGCUUGUGCUGAGAAUGGAAAACAGCAGGACUUGCUCUGCACAACGGUUAGUAAUUAA